GCAGGUUCAGUUCAGGAAACGCUCGCUGGUUUCCACCUGCAGACAAGAAGCCACAAGGAGCCGGAGAGCCUCGAGACUGACUCAGUCUCAGUGGGAAAUAAGAAAUAUAUUUAUAUUUUUAAGGACUUCUUCCGGUGAACAGCGAUGGUUUGCGGCGGGUUUGUUUGCACCAAGAACGCACUCUGCGCUCUCAACAUCCUCUACGUUUUGGUGAGUCUCCUGCUGAUCGGAGUGGCCGCCUGGGGGAAAUGGUUCGACCUGGUCUCCAGCAUCAGGGUGGUGGCGGGGGUCAUCGGCGUGGGCAUCUUCCUGUUCCUGGUGGCCUUUGUGGGGCUGUGCGGUGCUGUGAAGCACCACCAGGUCCUGCUCUUCUUCUACAUGAUAAUCCUGUUCACAGUGUUCGUCGUGCAGUUCUCCGUGUCCUGUGCUUGUCUGACCCUGAAUAAAGACCAACAGAACAAUCUGCUGGAGGUUGGAUGGAACAAAUCGGAGGACACUCAAAAGGACAUCGAGAAAACACUGAACUGUUGCGGCUUCUCUUCAUUUUCCUACAAUGGCACCUGUGCAGCUAGAUGCUUUCACAGAAAUCCUCCGCCGACUUGUAACACUUGCUCGAACACUAUCCAGGAGUAUGCAGGAGAGGUGCUGCGGUUUGUGGGUGGUAUCGGACUCUUCUUCAGCUUCACAGAGAUUCUUGGAGUCUGGCUUGCCCACAGAUACAGAAAUCUCAAAGAUCCUCGAUCAAACCCUGGAGCCUUUCUAUAACCACUCAGUUUAAUAAACCAAAAAGAUUGCACUGCUAAUCAUAGUUUCUCUUUUUAACUCUGUAAAUCACAGUCAUCUGGACAUUUAUAACAUUUAAAGUGAGGCUGUGACUUUUGCCGAUGACGGUAAAGUGUUGUGUAACAGUAACACAGCGAAAGAGAAGACAGUCUUGAAGCCAGCUACACAGCAUCCAUCUAAAUACCGCUAACAGCCAACAUUAGCCAACGAAACUUCUAAGUCUAUUGAAUUGGGCAAAGGUUGGUUUUGUUGCUCACAAAUUCAACUGCCUCACUUAAAAUGUGCUGCUCGAUUACUUUCAUUAAAAUGAUGCAGUUUUUGUUGCUGUAAAUAUUUAUUGCCUUCCUUUAAAGGAAUAGUUUGACAUUUAGGGAAAUAAAUUUGCCAAGAGUUAGAGGAGGUGAUUGGCACCACUGUUGAGUGCAGUAAAUUUAAAGCCACCACCAGCAGCUGCUCAGCUUAGCUUAGCAUAAUGACUGGAACUGGGUUGAAACAGGAGGAGUCUAUGUUCCCCAGUUCAGUAUUCUGUGAGGACACAUUAACUCUCCUCUUGUGUUCAUGCCACUUUCUUGUCACUCUUUAUCCCUAAAAUAGUUACUCUGCAUAUUAAUACAUCAAGGCAUAUCAGACAAAGAGCCAUUAAUACAUUAAAACUAGUCCAUACCCAUUGAGUGCACAGUUGCCCACGUACAGUUUUACAUGGUGUGUGUUUGGGAUACAGGUCAUAGGAAACUGCAGAUUAAAUAAGUCAACUGAACACAUUAAGAAGAGCAAUGUAUUCAGACAGAGUUUUUGUGAAUUUGAUAGUACGAUUGCCAUUUUUAAGCAUUUUUCUGUUGUUAUAGCGCCACCCAGUUACCAAUUAGAGUUAAAUUUCUCCAGUCACCUUGAGGCGUCCUGUUCUACAUAUCUACCAAGUUUAGUAAAAAUCCAUAUGGCAGUUAGGCCUAGAUAAGAAAUUAGCUCUCUAGCGCCCCCAUUUUGUUUGAUGGGGUCAAUAAUGGAGGGGUCCCCUCAGAUUAUGUGUGGUCAUAUGCCUACAAAGUUGCGUUGUGAUGGGUGAAACCCUUGAGAUGUUAUACACCUUUAUGUGAUGAGCCACGCCCUCCGCAAUAUUCAUUGCCUUACAGAAGCUCAGUUUUAGUAAGUUUUCCAACUUUUGCCAAGAGGGAACUUUAGAUAUUGGUCCCUAGAUUAUGUUCACCCAGUUUCAUGCAGAUCGCUCAGACUUCCUAGGAAGAGAUCGAUUUUAAGUGUUUUUCAAAAAAUUCAAAAUGGUGGAAAAUCUAUAUAUCUGGAAGUUAUGGGUUCUGGAGGCAAAUUUGCUCCUCAUGAGGAGAGGCAUCUCUGUGCAAAGUUUCACGUCUCUACAGCAUACGGGGCAUGAGAUAUGCCCAUUCAAAGUUUGCAAUUUCAAUCGGUUGCUAUAGCGCCCCCCUUUGGCCAAUUGAUGUAAUAUUGCUUCAUUGGCAUCCUCCCAUGACCCUCUACCACUGUGCCAAAUUUCACAUGGAUUGACCAAGUCAGGGAGGAGAAAAACACGGAACAGACACAGACAGAGUUUUCGUCAUUAUAUAGGAAGAUGUAAGUUUAAAAUUGACAAGUAGGAGUGUGUCUGAAGAUUUUUUUUCCCCAACCUUAAAUUGUUUGAAGAUGGGAAAAGUCAGUUGUUAUGGAUAUCUCACCUUAACCUGACCUCCUAACCACCUGUUAAUAAAUGGGACUUAACCCUGGCUCUAACCCUAAGUUAGCCCUCUUUUGAUUCAUUUCAUUAAUUCAUUCUUAUCAUAGUUUUAUAAUUUGUUGGGCUGCAAUUAAUAACAGAAACAGAAAGUACAGCUAUAUUGAGACAAAGACCUGUGCCAGUACAGUUUCAUCAGGGGCAUAUUAGUCCUCUAACCCAGUGGUUCUCAAAUGGUGUGCUGUGAUAAGAAUUCAGGUGUGCUGUGGGAUUUUUUUAAUAACCACACAUUAGUAUGGCAAUAUUCUAUUGUCUAUACAAGAAGUGAAUUCAUUUUUCAUCGGCUGUGUCAGUAUGUUGAGGCGAAUAACCUUGAUUUAAAUAACCUUCACUGGGAACCUGUUUGUCACCAUUCGCACAUGGGAAUUAUAAAUGUGUGACGUAUCAAAAGCUUUGAUUGGCAGCCAGUAUGAGGUAUCAUAUUAUUUUAAAGGACAAAGCAGUGAGUGGGACAAUAGAUUGCUUUAUUGUACGGAGCAAAUUACAACAAAGAUCCAGCGAUGACGACCUACCACUGCAAGAGAAGAGAAAAACUGUCAGUGGACAGUAUCAUGAAAGCUACCUGUCUUAAAUUGUGAUAAGAGUGAUACCACGUGUUCUAGAAGCUAUUGUGCACAGAUGUAAAUACAGGUGUCUUGAGAUUUUGGUGUGCCCUUUAGGAUGCCUGGGCACAACAAGUUUGAAAACCCCUGCCCUAACCUGACCCAUGUCAUGUUAAGUGAGCUGGGGAACAUCUUUCUCAGGCUCUCAUAAUGUGCUAUAAGAGUUGGGUACAUGGGACCCUUUAUCAUGUUCCCAUAUAAAUCUGGGGAACAUAAAAAUGACCGUGAAACGACUCACCUGGCUCUGUCUAAAGGAGACAAACUCCAGCUGCCAGCACCUCUGAAGCUCAGUGAUUAAAUUACAUCUUGUUUUAAUCCGUGCAAAAAAAAGGAAGUGUAAAAUUGACUUUUUAUUUUUUGUAACAGAAGGUUAGUGCCAGGGUGUAGUGACUUCAUGGAGAUGACAAAACAAAGAGGAUAUAUCUCUCUGCAAGACAGCAAAUAGGCUUGAUUCCCAAAAUGUCAAACUAUUCCUCAAAGUGAAACCUGACACACGUCUCCCCUCCUUUAAUUCUAAUCUGUCUCAAAGUGUUAGACAUUAACAGUGGCUCUGUGUGCUCACCAUGCACACACCUUAUGCAAAUAACAUGCAUGCUCCACGGUGGCUGGAUGACUGUGCUCACCACUCCCAGCCCCACUAUUCAUGGGUGACCACACACACAUACUGGUGUGUGCUGCAGACAGUGGAUUUGGGUGUUAGGUGUCCGUUAAAACAGGACAAGAUCAAAUUAAAGCCAAACCUGUUUCAGCAUGUUAGCCACACUGUUAUGAAACCAGCUUUGCUUUUGUUUACUGUGUAUUUAUUGCUCUUUGUUUCCUGUUUAAAACACAUCACGCUGAAUCAUGGUGUCCUCAUAUUAAGUGUCUCGUUUUCCGUGGUUGUCUAAAAAUAAACACGCAGCACACGUAUGGAAAAUGUUGUAUCUCAAUGCUUUGCUUGUCAGAUUAAGUGCUGAUAGAGAGGCGUGUGUUCAGUCAGGAGCAGGCAGCUCGAUGCCACAUGACUCGCUCACAUUCCUCACCACAACCAGGAUGCCAACCAGGAACUGAGCUUUCUGUUUGGAUUCCUCUGAAUGUGUAACAGACUCAUUAGACGGUCCAACCUGUUCACCAAGGUGACUGUGAACUCAGCUGCUCUGCACUGCCAACAUGUAAAAAUAAGUCAUUGUGUGCACACCUUCUAAUUAACUGAGAUGUAUAUUUAGAUCUAUUAAUUUUACAAACAGCUCAUUCUGUGGUAGCAUGCAGUGACAGGGUAGAGUCAGUUACAUGGCCUUAUUUAGACACUAAUAAAAUAUUUAAAUAUC